GUAGAAUUUAUACAUUCAUUUAUCGCAAAACAUAACCUGCGUACCGUUGGGCGGCAAAAUUACCGUUACGCCCGUACAAUUAUCAGAGCGGGAUCAUUAGUUGAGGGAAAAACGUUGUUGAAUAAUUUCUUCCGUACAAACUUGUAAUCAACAAUUGUCUAAGAAUUUUUUACUGUUAAGAAAGAAACUUGUUGAUUAUGCCGACUUUAUCAGACACCUCCGAUCAUGAAGACGAACUUGAUAUUGUGGCCGAAUAUGAGAAACGCGAUUCGGCCGCGGAAGAGGGUAACAGUUACAAUGAUGAAGGUUCAGGAAAUGAGGAAAAUCAAGGACAGACUGUUCCAAAGAGAGUUGAUCCUGCAACUUCUAGAAAACACAUAGUGAGAAAUCCUAUACCCACGUUGAAUGUAGAACGUUUGAAAGGUCCUAAGGGAAUACAAACUAUAGAAAAGUAUUUUGAAGGGUUUAAAUUUCAUGGCAAAGGACAUGAAAAAUUAGAUUUGGAUAGAAUUUUAAAAAGAAUAGAACAUUGGGCACACAGAUUAUUUCCAAAAUUAGAAUUUGAUGCUUUCCUGGAGAAAGUAGAAAAGCUAGGUACCAAAAGGGAGCUAACCGUGUUUGUGAAAAAAUAUAGACAAGAUAUGAUUAAUCCAGAUGAUAAUGUGAUGAAUCGGGAUAUAGUAGAUGAAGAUAAUGAUGAAAAAGAACCAGAUGAACCGAUGGAUGAAUUUGAUUUAUUAAUUGCGGAACAAAUAGAAAAGCAGAAACAAGUGAUUAAUCAACAACCAGCAUCUGAUACAUCUACAGCUGAAGCUCUAUUCGAUAAAUUACUGUCACAAACAAGCAAUACAACCUCUCAAGCUAUUAAAGAAAGUAAUACUUCAACACAGUUAAGUGAUGAAGUAAAACAACGUAUAGAAAAAAAUAGACAACAAGCUCUUCAAAGAAGGCAAGAAAGACUGAAAGCAAUGCAAGAAGAUGCUGAGAGGAAAAAGUUACGAGAUAAUGAAGAUAUACAAUUGCAAAAAAGUUCUAAUGAUACACAAAUAUCCAAUGCUGCUCUAAAUUUAGAAAAUGAAUUUGCAUAAAGCAAAGAAUAAAGAAAUCUUUUAUAGAGGUUAUAUUAUAGAGAGAAUAAAGAAAACUAUUAUAUGAAUUACAAAAUGCUAGAAAAAAAUUUUGUUACUUGAAAAUAUUAAUGUAGCAUUUCAAUAAGAAUAAGUAUAUUAUAUAAAGAUUUUCUUACCAAACAUUUUGUAGUUUUCUUGUUUUGAAGAAUUUGUGCAGGUUAAAUUAAUAAAAACGUAAUACAAAUUACAUAUUUGUUUUUAUUUAAGUUCUACGUUUUUGUGUACUGAUAUAUAAUACAUUGUUACCACGAAUAAAAGCAUCACCGUAUUUAUCUUUUAAUUGACCAUUCACAUAUUCUUCUGUCUGUUCCAAUGCUAUAUUCAUGUAACCAUCAAGACAAGCUAAAACAC